AAACGAUACAAGAAAAGUUUGUUGUAAAAAUCCUCUAAAAAUGGCUUUUAUUUCAGAUUUCUUGAUUGCAGCGACAUUAUUGAUAAAUGCUUGUGCUGUUCUAAACUUCAAACUGAAAAAGAAAUCCCCAACAGAUUCAUUUGGUGAGGAGGUACAAGAGCCAACUCUUGGUGAAAAGUUUAGAGAGUUUUUGUUAAACUUGAGAUAUUUCAGAAUAUUCAUUGGAAUUUGGAAUGUUGCAAUGAUGAUAUGUAUGAUAAUAAUCUUUGGGUCGUGAUGUGGAGUACGUCAAAUUUCUAAAUUAUUAAUAAGAUUUUGUCCAACCCUGCUGUUAUAUGGAAAGCUUAAUCAACUGCUGAAUUGACUGGGUGUUAAUAUUCAAGAAAGAGGGCAGCCUAGACCAGUGAUAUCUUAGGGGCUUUGGUAAAAAAAUAUGAGGGYGCAUUUUCAAGAGCUCCUUUAGGUGAGCCCUGUUGAACUGAGCUACAUAUUAGAAGUAAAAAAUAAAGAAUUUUACCUUAUCACAACAGAGUUAGGCUCCAAACUAUUUGAAAGCUCAAAGAYCGAAUUGGAAUAGGAAAGUUGGUUUUACUGGAGGGAGGGAACUUGGAGAUACACCCUUGAAGCAAUUCAAUUACUCAUACACAACAAUUAUUAUUCUUGGGAAUACGACACCAAGUCUGGAAUCAAACAUGAGUUUUGUUGGUGUGAGGUGAUGCAAUAGUAGCUCACACCACACCACACCACACCUUUUAUCCUUUUUAAUGAAACUUCAAGUACAAGUAAAUUUAGAUUAAAAUUUUAGAUGGAGAACCUCCAAAACUUGAUUUUGAUGUAGACUGGUUGUAAUUAAGAAUACAUUUAUGACUGUAAGCCCUGUCACUAAUAGAGGCUUUGCACCAUUGCAUGACGGCAGCCAUGUUAGAUGGCAUGAAGAAUGCAAUAGUUUUACAUGAGAAAGAACUCAAUUCCCAAGAGCAAUGGGAUUUUAUUGUUCUGCCAUCUAACCACCGGCAGUCCAAGCUGUAUUAUUGUCACUGGCAUGUAAUGGUGCAAAGCCUCUAUGGUUUAAACAAGUAGCCUCCUUUUAAAUAGAAAUAAUUGUACAAAGAUACCAAAAGAAUUUUGUAAAAAAUGGUAAUAUGAUAAUAUUAAAAUCUAGUAUAGAACAAGAUAUCUUUAAGGUUUAUUUUGGUGUCAUAAUCAUUAAAUAAAAAAUUAUUACAAAUGUUGUAGACAUU